AGGAAAGGUAAACAUCUUGGACGACAGGCAAUAAAUGUAAGAUGUCUCUGCCACGUUUUCUCCGCCGGCGUCGGCUAUCUUGGAAAAACCUGACAUUUUUAGCCGUAGGUGCGUGCAUAGUUUACAUUUACAGCCGGUCCGAUGAUAAUGAUGCAGUUGUUAGUGAUGACAUGAUAAAAUUUCGUCGGGAAAGAUUUGAGAGAUAUAAAAAUUCAGAGGGAAGCCGUGUUGGUCCUGGAGAAAAGGGAAUGGGUGUCCACUUGACAGGUGCGGAAAAGGAGAAAGCAGAUUCUUUAUUUGAGAAGGAGGCAUUCAACAUCAUUGCCAGUGACAAGAUCUCCCUGGAACGGUCAGUGAAGGACAUCAGGGACAGCGGGUGCAGUGCCCUAGUAUACCCCAAAGAUCUUCCAAAAGCGAGUGUGAUCGUUAUUUUUCACAACGAGGCUUGGACACCACUUCUGCGGACUGCUCACAGCGUUGUUAACCGGUCCCCACCGGAAUACCUUCAUGAGGUUAUUCUUCUUGAUGACUUCAGUGAUAGAGUUGGUCUAGGUCAAGAGUUGACUGACUAUGUAGCAAAGACGUGGCCAGACGGUGUGGUGCGUGUUGUACGCACCAAGGAACGAAGCGGGCUUAUCAGGGCUCGUAUGGCAGGGGCUCGUGCUGCGACGGGCGAUGUUCUGAUAUUUUUAGACUCGCAUUGUGAGGCUGCACCUGGAUGGAUUGAACCCAUUUUGGCGAGAAUAAAGGAAGAUCGAAGAAACGUGCUGUGCCCUAUUAUUGAUGUGAUUUCUGAUCAAACACUCGAAUAUUCGGGAAAUGGUGGCUAUCAGCCAGGCGGUUUCUCAUGGAGUCUCCAUUUUACUUGGGAAGAUAUCCCUGAGUCGUCAAAAACGGGCCGUAAAUACACAGACCCACUUAGAUCUCCGACAAUGAUAGGUGGAUUGCUUGCUGUUGACAGGAAGUACUUUUUUGAGAUAGGCGCGUAUGACGAGGGCAUGGAUGUGUGGGGCGGUGAAAACCUGGAAUUAUCGUUUAGGGUUUGGAUGUGUGGUGGAAAGUUGGAGUUUAUUCCCUGUUCCCGUGUUGGACAUAUAUUCAGAUCGAGUCAUCCGUACACAUUCCCAGGUAAUAAAGAUACCCAUGGGAUCAACUCCAUGCGACUUGCUGAAGUUUGGAUGGAUGAAUACAAGCGGCUGUUCUACAUGCAUCGAAGAGACCUAUCAUUAUCAGAUGCUGGAGAUUUAAGUGAGCGAAAGGCGCUUAGAGAGCGGCUUAAGUGUAAGAGCUUCAAAUGGUACCUUGACAACGUCAUUCCUGAUAAGUUUAUUCCCGAUGAAAACGUUCAGGCUUAUGGCAUGGUACGAAACCCAGCCUCAAAGCUGUGCCUUGACACAAUGGACAAAGAUGAGAGGACGGUGUUCGAUAUUAGCUUGUUCUCGUGUCAGGGCGGGGUCAGCGCUAGCGAAGUAUUUUCGUUGAGUAAAAAGGGUGAACUACGUCGCGAAGAUUCUUGCUGUUCUUCGGGUGGCGGAAAUGGGGACAAGAUAGCGCUUACAAAAUGUUUCGAUGAUAGUAAACAGAGGUUCACACACAGUAGGGAUACGGGAGUUAUAAAACAUGAGGCUAGUGGGCGGUGUUUGGACAUCGCGGAUGAGCAAUCAGGAGGUUUUGUUCAUCUACGAGACUGUAAUGGCGGAGAUUCACAAAAAUGGGAGAUCGAGCACUAUUUGACUUUAUGAUAAUGUUUUAUUAGUUAUACUUCCUAAAAAUUAAUAAUUUAAUGUUGUAAUUUAAUGUUUUAAUUAUUAAGGAUUAAAAUUUAUAUAUUGUUCAUUAUAAUUAUUAAUGAUUUAUUUUUUAAAUUAUUAAUGGUUAAAAUUAUUUUACUUUUUCAUACGUGUGAUAGAUUUUGAUGUCAAUAUGAAAAUAAAUACUUAAAUAACUUAAAUUUUCUGUUCUCAAAUUAUUAAGAUUACUAUUAUACUAUUUAACACAAUGGGACCAUAGUUCAGAACUUUGUUAAAGUUAGCAUCAACGUUGUUAAUCUUUAUGCUCCUAAAAUUUAAUAGAUACACGUGUGAUCUGCUGUAUUUCUUUGUAGAUUUGAAAUAUCUUUUUAAGUUGUUUAUAUUCAAAUAUGUGAGCACAUCAUGAAAUAUAUCACCUAUUAAAGUUAACAACAAUGUCAUAAAUCAUGGUGUUAACUUUAAAGCUGCUAUCUCACAGACUGAACAUUUUGAC